AUGUCUGACGACGAGGCACCCACUCUUGUACCGGCGGAGGGCCAGGAAAGGGCAAGCAAGCCCCUUGGUAUGCGAAAAAAUGGUAUGCUGUGCUCCUCUGCCCUCACUUGUGAAGCGGAACGGCUUUGGACUCUGACACCCGCACGUUCAGGCAAGCAGUGGCAUGAACAGAAAAAGGCCUUUCGCCCAAGCAAGGGCUUGACCACAUUUGAGAAACGAGCGAAAGAAAGAGCCGCUAUGGCUCAAAUGAAGGCAAAGGAGAAGGAGAUGAAGGAGGAGAAGGAGACAAUGAGAAAGGAGAAGAUGGAAAAAAUCCGAGAAAAACGUGCCAAGAAGGAGGAAAAGGAGCGAUACGAGAAGAUGGCGGAGACGAUGCACCGCAAGCGCGUGGAGCGAUUGAAGAGAAAAGAGAAGCGCAACAAGCUUAUCAAUUCAUGA